UCACGUGCCCAAACCCUAAUUGCUCGAUCGCUCUAUCCUUUCCCCUUCCCUGAUUCCUCCGAUUUCGUCUCCCGUCGCGUCCUCCUGAGCUGAUCUCCGCCGCCUCUGCUCUCUCUUCUCCGAGGCAGGAAAGAAAGAUGGAGAAAGAGACGCCGAAGCUCUCCUUCUCCUUCUCGUCCACCGCCUCCAAGCCAUCCUCUCGCUCCACCGCUACCAAGGCCGCCCGAGCGCAGGCCGAUGACGGCGGCGUCAAGCCCCAAUUCGUCACCGUCUUCGACCCUUCUGCAGCUCCCGGCCCCGGCGACGUCAAGCCCGUCAUCCCUCCGAUCCCCAACGUCGACCUCAACCCCGCCUUGAAGCGGAUGAAGAAUCUCCUCCCCCUCCCCACCUCCGACGACGACCCCUCCGCAGCCGCCGCCAACACCGCUCACUUCGUCCUCGACACUUCCACCGGCGACGCCCCCGCCGGCCACAUCCCCUACGGCCUCACCCUCCGCUCCGCCGCCGCGGGCGACGCCGAUGGCGCCAGGUCCCAGCGGGAGGAGGACGGCCCUGGACGCCGCCGCGGCCGUGCUCAGGACGACGAUUUCAUGCACCGGAGAUACAGGGAGGACGUGAAGGAUCUGCCGGAAGAUCGAGGCAUGGAGGAGUUUAAAGACAUCAAUGUGGAGGAUUUUGGUGCUGCCGUUCUUGCGGGGUAUGGGUGGACGCAAGGCCAGGCGGUUGGGCGGAACAAGAAUCUGGUCGACACCAAGGUCUUCGAGUACAAGAGGAAGGGUGGCUCCGAAGGUAUUGGAUACAACCCAUCCUCGGGAGAUCCCAAGAAAAGAAGGGGAAUUUGGGUUUCGGAAGAAGAGAAAGAGAAGGCAAAAGAGAAAACAAAAGAGAAGGAGAAGAUCGUCAGGGUUAUAUCAGGUCGACAUAUGGGGUCGAAAGGCAAAGUCUUGAAAAGGUCGGGUAGCUCUGAGCUAUUUUUGAAGCUGCUUGAGACUGGAGAAGAGGUCAAACUAAGGGAUGAAAUGGUUGCUGAUUUGGGCUCAACAGAGGAAGAGAAGUUCUUGAGGAAAUUGAAGAGGUCAGAGAAUGAGGGCAGGGAUCAGAGGAGGGACGAGAAGAGGAACAGGCAUGAAAGGAGAGAGGAGAAGAGUGAGCCCGUGCAGGAAAGCUCCAGGAGCAAUUACCGGAGUGAGGAGAACAAAGUCCGAUGGCUUACAAGCCAUAUUAGGGUCAGAAUAGUCAGCAAGGAUUUCAUGGGUGGGAAGCUGUACCUGAAGAAGGGGGAGGUAAUUGAUGUGGUGGGCCCAACAACAUGCGACAUUUCGUUGGAUGGAAGCAAGGAGUUGGUACAAGGUGUGGAUCAGGAUAUCCUCGAGACAGCACUGCCUAAGAAGGGAGGAUCAGUGCUUGUGCUAUAUGGGAAGCACAAGGGUGUCUUUGGGAGCCUUGUCGAGAGGAACACUGACAAGGAUACUGGAAUGGUAAGAGAUGCAGAUAGUCAUGACUUGAUCAAGGUGAGGUUGGAUGCGAUUGCUGAGUAUCUUGGGGAUCCAAGUUACCUCGGCUAUUGAUUCUUGAUUUAUUCAUGUCACUAGCUGCUUAUUAGCAGCUCCCUCACUGAAGAAGGUCCACAACCAACUCAUCUUUUCUAAAUAUAUUCAAGACCUGAAUCGUUGUCUCAUCAGAUCAUGUUCUGAUGCAUUAUAGGAUGAAAGGUUCCUGCAAGUCAGGACACAGCUUGGAACGUGUUUCUGAAGGGGAGUAACCUUAGUAAUUAUGAUAUAAAUUGACCUUGAUCUCCCUAGAAAAUUGACCUAAGUUACAUUCAAUGUGCAACAUUCCAGGUGGGUUUGAGCAUGGCCAUGGGAUAUCCACUUGGUUCAUGGUAUGCUAGGAUGAUAAGAUAUGACUUUCCAUUCAUGAUAAAGAAAACAAAACAGGAUAUAUGGGAAGAAUUUGGAAAGCCGAGGUGACCCCUAGCUGUUUCCUCCUUUGGCGAUGGCACCACCUUCUCGUGUAUUAGUUUUUUUGGUUAAUUGUGUUAUGUAACUACAACCUUCAACUUUAGCCAUUUUUCUAGUCAUCAGGUUGCUUUUUUGUUGUUGCUGUUGUUAUUGUUUUUCCUUUUUUUGUGUUGGUAUGUUCCAUUAUGCUAGUUAAAUGAUGUGAAUUUCUCAAAUUUGCUUUUCCAGGUUAUCAUACACAUUUGUUGAAGUGUUGGGCAUCUAUCUUCAUUUACAAUAUGAACUCGAACCUAAAUCCUGAAAUUGAUGUCUAAUUAUACAAGUUCAAUAUAGUUUCUGGUGUACAUGACAAGCUGCUAACACAGUGAAAUUUGCGGUGCAACAUGGCCAUCAUGAUUAGUUGUUCUCACAGUUUUGCAGGAGGAUGCUGGAGAAGACUUUUUUGUGUGUGGAAACAUUACACGCAAAGAAGACCUGAUGCUACAAAUUGACCUAUUUGGUGUUGCCGGAUGAGCCUGCUGUGGCCAUCUAAUGAAUGAUCUGAUGAUUCAAGAUGAAAAAUACUGUUCAUCUGGAAGGGAUACAGUGAGGUUGGGAAGUCUUUUUGGAUAUGGAAUUUAACGAAACACCCAACUUUGCGGGGACCCUCAGAAUAAUGUAGCGAAUGACGAUUGCGGCGAGAAGAAGCCAACAAUAGUUGGUGCUCAGAGGAAGCCGCAGAGGACGGAGAAGCCGAGGACGAUGAGCCACACGAUGUGGAGGAGGAGGAAGGCCUGGCCGGAGACGAGGCCGGUACCAGCGCUGCCGACCUGGCAAGGGCCCCGCUUGGUGACGCGGACGCCGGCGCACGCCGCCUCCGGGCAGCCGCACCAGUACGUGACGCCGUUCGCACCGCACACGGGGUCCGGCCGGAAGCAGCUGACGCGGCAGGAGGGGGCCCCUCCGUCGGAUAUGGCGCCGCAGAGGUCGGCGACGGCGUCGAUGCCUUCGGAUCGGGCGGCGGGAAUGAGGAGGAGGAUGAGGAGGAGGAGGAGGGCAGACUCCACGGCGGAGAGCCGAGGAGAGAUCGCCAUUGCCCGCAGGAGAGAACGUACGACGGUGCCCGAACCCUAAUGAACAAAGAAAGGGAGGAAUUGGUGCUUCGACAUCCCCGAGGGGCCUUUGGAUGGAUGCUUUUCUUUCUCUCCUUUUUCUUUAAUUCCUUUUCGUUUUGCCUUUUUUCUA